AUGUGGCUGGCUAUUCGCGGGACGACGGGCACCUGGCUGAUGUCGAAGCUGAUGGUAGCUCAGUUGUCUGUCCUGAGGUUGAGGGGACUGGAAGGGGAAGAUGUCGGGAAGGGGCCUAUUAGACUUCAGCGCGUGGGUGGAGAAGGGGAGUGCCAUCCCGAUGGAUGUAAAGAGUGUAAGACACGCACAUGUUAUUGUUAUUGUGGUCUCAAGAAAGGCUCUACUGCAUCCAGUUCCCAACGUUCCCUCAGUCAACAGCAUUCCCUUACUUACUCCAGUGCCGCCUCUGCCUCCGGUCCCGUCGCCUCCUCCCGUGAAGAGCAUCCCACCCUCAGUCCACAGCUUUCCACCGGCGCCACCGCUGCCACCCCCGUCCCUUACAUCAUCGCCCCCGUUGCGCUCAUCAUCGUCGUCGUCUGCGUCAUGAUCUACUUCCGCAUCCGGCCGUUCCACAGGGUGCGGUAUCUACUGCGCAGCUGA